AUGACAACAGCAGAGAAAAAAGUGCGACGAGAAGCAGCACGACAGUAUGUUUAUAAUAAGGUGGUUUUAAAAGGAGCAGGGAAGAAGAUGGGCCUCUUGGGACAAACAUGUGCAGUGUGUCUGGAGGAGUUCAGGACCAAGGACGAGCUGGGCGUCUGUCCCUGCUCUCACGCCUUUCACAAGAAAUGCCUUCUGAAGUGGCUGGAAAUCAGAAGCGUCUGUCCCAUGUGCAACAAACCAGUGUGUCGCCUGCAAAAGGACCCACCCCCCGACCCGGAGCAGGGCUAG